AUACCGACAAAAUGGUCAAGACUUCCGUUCUCAACGAUGCGCUCAACGCCAUCAACAACGCCGAGAAGGCUGGAAAGAGGCAGGUCAUGAUCCGCCCUUCCUCCAAGGUCAUCAUCAAGUUCCUCCAGACCAUGCAGAAGCACGGUUACAUUGGCGAGUUCGAGGAAGUUGAUGACCACCGCAACGGCAAGAUCGUCAUCCAGCUUAACGGCCGCAUCAACAAGACAGGUGUCAUCAGCCCUCGCUACAACGUCCAGCUCCGUGACCUCGAGAAGUGGGUCGUCAAGCUGCUUCCUUCUCGUCAGUUCGGUUACAUCGUCCUCACCACCUCUGCUGGUAUCCUUGACCACGAGGAGGCCAGGAGGAAGCACGUUGCCGGAAAGAUCAUCGGUUUCUUCUACUAGACUAUUGGCUAGAUCAUUGGGGCCUAUCCG